UUAAUCUGUGGUAGCACGCACAUAACCCAUUUCUAGUUUCUUGUAUUUUUUAUUAUUUAUCGAUGUGUUUGAGACGAUAAUCGACUCUCCCAUCAUAAUACUUGCGCGGAGGGACUAUUUUCUCGAGUCGGUUGCCAUGACGCCGCUGUGACGUCAAACAUCCUGUUCUCACCGUUCUCGCUCUCUUUAGCCAAGGGCCACGGCACGAAGUAAAUCAAUCAUCAUUGGCUCGGAUCGCAUUUCAGACUGUUCUAAGGAAACAACGAGAAAUCUAUACGGAAGAUAGCGGCACAUUUUUCCCGCUCUAAUGGCGUACGGCGAGAGAGAACGUUCUGACAGGAGAGGCGGUGCACGAGGCGGUGGAAAUCGAUUUGGCGGACGCGAUGGCGGCGGAGGUGGAGGUGGCAGCAGGUUUAGUAGCGGAAACCGCGACAGCAGUUUCGGCAACAACAAUUUUAAGAACCGGCAGCCCGGGGAGCGUCUACGCAAGCCGCGAUGGGACAUGAGUACUCUCCCGCAGUUCAGGAAGGACUUUUAUCAGCCGCAUCCCAACGUUAUGGGACGAGGUAUCCACGCGGUCGAGUCUUACCGUUCUGGUAAGGAGAUCACGGUGAAAGGAGCGAACGUGCCGGGCCCCAACAUGUACUUCGAGGAAGGCGGUUUUCCGGACUACGUUCUCAACGAGAUCCGGAGACAGGGAUUCGGCGAGCCGACAGCUAUUCAGGCCCAAGGCUGGCCUAUCGCUCUUUCAGGUCGCGAUAUGGUCGGUAUAGCGCAGACGGGUUCGGGAAAGACCCUGGCGUAUAUCCUGCCGGCGAUCGUGCAUAUAAAUCAUCAGCCGAGACUCAGCAGAAACGACGGACCGAUCGCUUUGAUUCUGGCACCGACCAGAGAGCUGGCGCAGCAGAUUCAGCAAGUAGCGUCAGACUUCGGCAUGUCUUCGCAAGUGCGAAACACGUGUAUCUUCGGUGGAGCUCCGAAGGGUCCGCAGGCACGUGAUUUGGAACGUGGCGUGGAAAUUUGCAUCGCCACGCCUGGGCGUCUUAUAGACUUUUUGGAACGUGGUACCACGAAUCUACGUAGAUGUACGUAUCUGGUUCUCGACGAGGCCGAUAGGAUGCUAGAUAUGGGCUUCGAGCCGCAAAUUAGGAAAAUUGUAGAACAAAUACGUCCCGACCGUCAGACCCUCAUGUGGUCGGCGACGUGGCCGAAGGAGGUGCGUAAUCUCGCGGAGGAGUUCUUAACGGAUUACAUACAAAUCAACAUUGGCUCUCUACAAUUAGCCGCUAAUCAUAAUAUUUUGCAAAUCGUGGAUGUGUGCGAGGAAUACGAGAAGGAAAGUAAAUUAAUGAAACUUUUGGAAGAAAUUUCAAACGAACCAGAAAAUAAGACUAUAAUAUUCGUGGAAACUAAAAGGAAGGUGGAUGAUAUAACAAGAGCUAUUAAUAGAUACGGAUGGCAAGCAAUUGGCAUUCACGGAGAUAAAAGCCAACAAGAAAGAGAUUAUGUAUUAAAUCAGUUCCGGAAUAGCAGGUCUGCCAUCUUAGUGGCUACGGAUGUGGCAGCAAGAGGUCUAGAUGUCGAGGAUGUCAAAUUUGUGAUAAACUUGGACUAUCCGUCCAACUCUGAGGACUAUGUGCACCGUAUCGGACGUACGGGUCGCUCGCAGCGUACAGGAACCGCAUACGCCUUUUUCACGCCUGCAAAUGCGCACAAGGCUAGUGACUUGAUACAAGUUCUAGAAGAGGCUAAGCAAGUAGUCAAUCCGAAAUUAUAUGAAUUAUCCAGGAAUCCUUCGGUUUAUAAGAGAGGACGAUAUGGUGGUCGUAGUGGAGGUGGGGGCGGCGGACGAGGAUCCGGAGGCCGCGGUGGCGGUUCACGAGGUUCUCGCGGGGGCCGUGAUGCAGGAGAUAGAGGAAGAUUCGAUCGUUCUUCCGGUGGCGGCACGAAUGAUCGUGCCAACAAAUGGACCGGAAGCAGCAGUGGUGGUAUGAGCGGAGCUAGCUAUGGAAGCAGUAAAUCGUUUCCCCAAAAUAAUUUUGGAAAUAGCACCUCAGGCAGUAGCUCCAACAGCUACAGCCAGAAUAAUAGUGGAUACGGCGGAGGAAGUUAUAGGCAACAAAAUGGCUAUUGAUUUUAAUGAUAAUAAAAUGUUGCAGAGGCUCCAGGGAAUAAUAGCAAUCGGCGACGCAAGUCUGAUGUAAGCCGACAUGCCCAGAGUCGCCCAAAAUCGUUCCGAAAGAUUUACAUACAUUCUCAUGAGCAUUCACCUUUUUCCUUUCCUAAUACACGUAAGAUCUCCAUUAGCUUAUUUAAUUAACAUUGCAAUUAGUUAUAAAAAUCACGUUUAGGAUAGUUCUUUAAUAUAUAGGCGGUCAAUUACAUUGUGUAAUUGUCACCGAUUAAUGUAGUAUUAAAAAAAUUCAAUCGGCUUGUUGCUGUACAUUCAAUAAAAUAGUAUAAAAAUGAUACUGAAGAAAAGUA